ACCCCCUUAAACACAACAACCUUAUCGAUAGACAGUUGCUAGAAUUUCAGAUAAUUUUAAACACCGUUCCACAGGCGUAACGCCAACUCCUAUUUCUAACAUAUUAUAAGCUAUUAUUAUUCUUCCUUUCAGUUUCAUAAAGAUUUUUUCCUUUUUUAAGUACCAUAACCCUUCCUACUUCCUUCUACCUUGUCUCACUUAUAAAAACUCUUUCUUUUAUAAAGUUUGGAUUCACACUCAAAAGAGAGAAAAGGACAAAUGCCAAUGAGUUCAGGUUCAGGAGACAAGCAAGAUAUGCAUGAUCAAACUGGUUGCUUUGAUCCCAACACAAUGGAUGAAGGUAUUGAAAACUCUCAGAAAGAUUACAACACAAACAAUAAUAAUAUUAAUCUUGAAGAGGAUUUCAAGCCUUCUGUGGAAGAGGAACUCUCUUAUCACAAUCCACAACACCUUGAAGAUGUUUCCACCUAUACAAAUGGUUUCACUCCCUCACCAAUAGACAUUGAACAGCAAAAUCUUGGUUUGAACAUUGGGGGCUCUUACAAUAACAGCAGCAACAACGACAUGGAUAACCAUUUGGCAAACGAGGUGUAUCAGAACUCGACUUGGGACCCUAGUGUUCAGGAUAUGGACUAUAUCAAUCACCAAGAACACCACCAACUAUCUGAACAACAAUAUCAACAAUUUGUUGAGACGCAAAACCAUAACCAAAGCUAUAAUCCCUCUAGCAUACUAGACCCUUCUUACUCUUCACCCGAUCUCCUUAACCUUCUCCGUUUACCUAGAUGUUCAGCUUCAUCUUUGCUCACAACUCCAUCCAAUAUUUGCUUGACAAACCCAACUCAAAAAGCACCUAAUUUUCAUAGCUCAAUGAGUUUUCUUGGAGACCUUCCAAUAGGAUCAUCAGAUAAUACAAGUGGAUCAUCAGUUUUGUAUGAUCCUCUAUUUCCUUUGAACCUUCCCCCACAGCCACCAGCUCUUAGAGAAUUGUUUCAAUCUCUCCCUAACGGCUAUAGCAUGCCGACAAGUUCAAGGAAUGGUUCUAUUUUCGGUGGAGGGGAUGAGAUGGAGGGAGAUGGAGACAUGGGAGUGCUGGAAUUCAAUAGGGUCACUGCUUCUGUUGGCAAAGGAAGAGGAAAAGCUACAAAGCACUUUGCAACUGAGAAACAAAGAAGAGAGCAGUUGAAUGGAAAGUACAAAAUCUUGAGGAGUCUCAUCCCAAAUCCCACUAAGGUGGAUAGAGCAUCAGUGGUUGGAGAUGCUAUUGAGUAUAUAAGAGAGCUGAUUAGAACUGUGAAUGAGCUGAAAUUAUUGGUGGAGAAGAAAAGACAUGGGAGGGACAUGUGUAAGAGACUUAAAACAGAAGAUGAUGCUGCUGAAAGCUGUAACAUAAAGCCUUUUGGUGAUCCAGAUGGAAACAUAAGGACCUCAUGGCUGCAGAGGAAAUCCAAAGACAGUGAGGUUGAUGUUCGGAUUAUCGACGAUGAUGUUACAAUAAAACUGUUUCAGAGGAGGAAGGUUAAUUGUCUGCUGUUUGUUUCCAAAGUUCUUGAUGAACUUCAGCUGGAACUUCACCAUGUUGCAGGUGGACAUGUUGGUGAAUAUUGCAGUUUCUUGUUCAAUAGCAAGGUAACUGAAGGUUCAUCAGUUUAUGCAAGUGCUAUAGCCAACAGGGUGAUUGAUGUUCUGGACACUCAAUAUGCAGCAGGAGUUCCACAUACAAGUAGGCUGUAGUCACAAUAUCAAGCACCAAAUGACAUGAAUGAGACAAUUUAGAAUAAUGAUAAUAGUUAUAUUAUUAUAGUAAUAAUUUCAUAGGAACAUCUAGGAGAUGCUAAACUUUACAAGUUCAAUAGUUUCUUACUUUGUGUGGUUUUUUUUAUUGGUACUUUGUGGUGGUUCAUGACAUAGUUUCUUGAAUUCUGAUGAAAAAUUAUUGUCUGGAUUUUUAUUUGGGAUAAUUAAUUUAGUUUAAUUUUGAAGUAUGCUAUGUUC